AUGUCUUCUCUUCGGAACACAACCGUGGAGGAAAAGAAAAUGAAGCCCACUGGUGUCGAAGAUGAUGACGACGACGACGGCGAGAGUUUUUCCACAGGCACUAAUGAGGAAGAACAUGGAGUCUGCGUCGAACCGGAGCAGAUUAGUCUCAAGUCAUUGAUUUCUAGUGAGAAGUUACCAGCAAUUAUAAUGGUAGAGAGCCUCAACCUGAAACUUCGUGAAGGAGAUUAUGGUUUUAAGGACGAUCGCCUUGAAUCAGCUAGAGCUCAAAUGGGUCGGGUCAGGGAAGAAAACCAAAGGUUAAAGUCCACGUUGUCCCAAAUUGUGAAGGACUACCGAUCUUUACAACACCAGUUCUUUGAGGUUGUCCAAGAAGAGAAGAAGAUCGAGAUGGAACCUUCACAGACCAAACUUUUGCUUCCUCACAACCAAGAAAACAAUGAAGAAGCGGAGCUCUUGUCCCUCACCCUAGGACUGAGCUCGAGCCGACUGAAGACCGACGGAGAGAGGAGAAACAUAUCGACGAUGCGGAGUGAAAGCGCAAAGAAUGGAAAUAGUGACUUGAAAGAAGAGUUGUCCCUUGACUUGUACAACGGAAAGAUCAUGAGUUGUGAUCAUGAGAGCUUGAAAGACACAAAGGAAGGUGAAAUCUCGAAGAUAUGGCGACCAAGUAAAGUUCUCAAGACCGUGAGAAGUGAUGAUGAGCAGGUUUUGGAGGAAAAUCAUUUGAAGAAAGCUAGGGUUUGCGUCAGAGUUAGGUGUAAUGCACCCACUAUGGAAGAUGGAUGCCAAUGGAGGAAGUACGGACAGAAAAUUGCAAAAGGAAAUCCAUGUCCUCGAGCGUACUACCGUUGCACUGUCUCGCCAUCUUGUCCAGUCAGAAAGCAAGUACAAAGAUGCGUGGAGGAUAUGUCCGUCUUGAUGACCACUUAUGAAGGGAAUCAUAACCACCUUCUUCCUAUCUCAGCCGUGGCUAUGGCUUCCGCCACUUCCGCGGCCACUUCCAUAAUGCAAUCUCGCUCAUCGACCUCACAACAACACCACCCCCAUGGCCUUCGAUCUUCGGCGUCCUCGGGGCCUGCUUUCGCCGCGUCUUCUAGUGGCUUGUACGUAUUCGAUUUCAUGGGCGAUCGAAAUCCAAAGCUCCCUCGACUUUAUCUCUCCAACUCUUCUUCGAUUUCAACUUGCAAUUCUCACCCCACCAUCACCCUUGAUCUCACCUCGAGCCCCGACUUCUCCAAUUGCGAUAGAUAUCGAUCCUCUUCACGCUUCCCGUCUCUACCGAAACACCCUUCAACAUUUCUCAGCUUCUCCUCAUCACCACCUUCAUCAUCAUUGUCGUGCCACUUGGAUACCACAGCCCAUAAAUCAUCUUCGGGCAUUGGUCCUAGGGUUUUAAAUCAUGGGACGCCACCACGACAUCAAUUUUACCAACGCCAUUUGUGGCCAGUUACCAAUAGCCAAGCUUCUCGUCCACAAUCUUUACCCGACAGGUUAGCCACCGAGGCGACGAAAGCAAUAUCGCCGAAUGCGUUUUUUCAAUCCCCUUUAGCAGCCACGAUGACCUCGGUCGUCGGCGACAGGGCAACUAGCUCUCUUGGUGAUAAAGGAAAGGAAGGAGGUUCUGGGCUGAACUUGAAGCUUGGUGAUGAUCCAGCAACACCAAUCAGUCACUCCAACUACAUGGACAAGCCAAUGGCUUUGAGCUCUCACCGGGGACCCAAGAGCUCAAUUUGGUUUCCGCAUUCAUCAGAGGCAUUAUCCACAUCUAAGAAGAGUGCUUGUGCUUCAAUGUCUCCUGCUGAGACCAAGGAUCACGUCAUUAAGUUUCUUGCCAAUUCUGAAAUGUGACAUCUGGAAGG